AUGGCCGAAACAUGGACUCACCGAUGGACGAACACACCGAACCCCCUGAGAUCGGGCUUCUACGCAGCGAACCAACUCGCACCGAAGCUCAGACCCACCAAAUGGUUCAGAAAACUCGACAGAAAACCCUUCAGCCACGUAAUCCAGUUCCGAACAGGACAUGCUCACAUCGGCGAGUACUACCACCGAUUCAGAAUUAAUAGAGCAUGUCAAUGCGGUAAAUCAACACAAACGAGGGUCCACAUUCUGACGGAGUGCCCCCGGACAAGCAGACACAGAUACCUACUAGGACGCGGAAACCAGACGAAAUUCCACAUCCUCAUGGGCAAGAUGAAAGGCAUAGAAAGGCUUGCCAAUUUCAUCAAAAAGUCCAAGACAGGCGACAAACCAACGACAACAAACACACCGCGAGGACCGCCAUCGCCUGACCGACUCACAGGAUAG